UCUCAUCGCGUUUCCAACCGCACAGUCGCUAUACUUAGUUACAAGAGCAAGUAACAGAUGGCGCUACGAUCAAAAUAACAAAGACAAAUCACAGAAAAACUAAAACCAAAGAGAUUAUACGCGGAGACCAUGGUGACCAAGCAAAUAUCGUCAAAUUCAAACAUUACUGUCAAUAUGGCUGACCAUCGGUCAUUCAAACCAUUAAAAUGUAAAUAGUAUUUCAUAUCGCUUCAUAGCAUUCUCGGACUCAAGCCCUGACCAUGGUAGCCGCACGUUUCGCCAAAGCGUUUUUCGGGAUAAUUUUCCCAUCUGCAUCCUGCACCCCUUUAGGAAGAGACAAUGGUUUCGGAAACGACUACGUUUGGGCAGGGUCGCUUGAGUCAGGUCUGCAAUUAGCGACUCACCACAAGAAACCUGUAAUGGUGAUCAUUCACAAGUCCUGGUGCUCAGCCUGCAAGAAGUUAAAGCCGAAAUUCGCUAGUUCCAAAGAGAUUCAGACGCUUAGCAAACAUUUCGUCAUGGUCAAUUUAGUAGAUGAGGAGGAGCCGAAAAAUAACGCCUUUGCUCCUGAUGGAACUUACAUACCAAGAAUACUCUUCAUUAACCCCGAGGGAUUAAUAGAUCAGGAUAUUUACAACGAAGAAGGAAGCAGCCAACACAAAUUCUUUUACAGUCGACCGGAACAGAUCGCAAAGUCGAUGAAAAAAGUUUUAAGCAAAUACAAACUUGAGAAGUUCGAUGUAUGAUUAUGAUAAGGAAAAAUUAAUCGUGGUCAUCGAUUGAUGGAUAAAAUUCAAACCAAUAUUGAUUUACACGCAUAUGCGUCAUAGGUAGGGAAAGCUGUAAGUAAUAAGACUUCUUCAUUUUGCAGGACUGAGCAAAGAAAAUUAUUGAAUAAGAUGUUACAACAAUUUUCCUCUCAAAAUUGUAGUGAACCCACUCAUCACACAAAGGCAAGAAAAAAGUAAAAUAAAUCACAUCUAAGAAAAAGUGUCUGCUGUUUCGUUUUAAAAUUAGUAGAAAUUGCCAUAUAAUUUGUCGAUUUGCAUACCUCGUUAAUAUAAAUAAUCGUAUAUAGUAGUAGUUUUAGUUGAAUUAAGGAAACAGAAGCAGGGACAGUUAAGUGAAACCCACGGCAACGGCUAACAGAACCCAGUAGGCAUAUUCGCUAACUGCUUUUGAUAGAUGGAAGUGAUAAUCACCGAGUUAUUUAGUGAUCCACAACUGCUUUAUUAGAACGCCACUAAGAUACUUGAUCUUAAAAGGAUCGAUGGCUGCAUGCAAUACAAUUUUAUCUUACUAAACACUAAAUGUCAAUAAAGUUAGCAAAUAGGACGGUAGCUCCGAACAGACAUGCCCUCUUGUAGAGCCAACGCUCCUGAGUCAGUUCUACUAGAAG